AGUUGUUCGCGAGAGAGAUAUAAUAGAAAUUGAGUUGUUUAUGUAGCUUCUGCUUUUCGUGUUAAUAUUUGUCAGAAUUUUCAUAUGUUUAUUAAUGAAAAUAUGUUAUCUAAAAAAUGCAAUCGAGAAGGAAAUUCUCUGAAGUGUGUUUUGUCGAGAAUGGAGCAGGAAAAGGCUACCGGUAAAGAGUGAAAAUUGUCGAUAUCGUGGGGCGCAGCCGUGAAAAAGUCAAUUUGUUUACAUCCCUCAUGUCAGCUGAAGUGAAGUGCAAUAACAGAAACAAAGAAAACAACAAAAAUAUAAAGUGUGAAAAGAAAAAUAGAGGAAUUCACCAAAGUCUGCAUAAAUAUUUUGUUUUCAUUCUUAUCGCAAAAUGUGGGAUUUAUGUUUCCUUUGUGCAAUGUGUUUCUAUUUAUCGUGAAUUCCAAUUCGAUUAAUUGGCAUUUCUUGACGACGAUUUCCAAGUUUAUAUUUAGCAAAACAAUUUUCGGGCUUCUUUGAGCAAGGAGUACACAAAAUGGCUACACAAAUUUAUAGAAGUUUCAUAACGUUGUGGUUGAGCUUUACAUGUUGGCUGCUGCUUUGGUGCUGCAAUGUUCAAGCUCAUCUGAACGUGUAUCUGAAUCCACAGGAGGUGAUGCGAUUAUUAGGUGUCUCUGCCGAGGUGUACUAUGUACGCGAAGGCCACGUCAAUAAUUACGCGCUUAAUUUUGUUGUACCAGUGCCGGCGAAUAUACGUGACAUCACGUUCACCUGGCAAAGUUUAGCAGGUCGACCGCUACCGUAUAGCAUUAAUGUAAUUACAUCAGAACCGGAGGUCUUGCCAAGACCCUUAAUGGUUAUACCACAAAUCGGCGAGAUACCAACUAGCGUACAGACGUUUACGAUCGGUCUAAAAUGCUCAGGCAUUCGCGCUUCCGAAGUGGACGUCUCGAUUUCCUUAGAGGUUAUACUCAAUCGAGCUCUUAACAAUGUGACUCAUUUGGUAUUUAGACGCAAAAAAAUGUGUUUGCUUGUCGAGCCAGAGGAAGAUAACACGGUGCAUGGACCGGUGCUGCUAGAGACUGCUAUACCACCACCAACAGGUAUGCUGACCAUCAUUGUGGGUAGCUCUUUGGCGUUAGCGCUUGUCAUAGUACUGCUAUUAACCGCUUACUGUGUACGACGCUCGGCAAAGCGUCAAAAUCAUGGUCAACCGAUGCGCACAUCAAGCUUUCAGCGUCUUAAUACGCAUGCUUCAUGUCAGCAGUCUGCCACCUACAAUGGUCACCCAUCUAUAAUUGCAUCGAUACAAAGCUCUCUGCCACGCAAAGUACAAGUAGAACCGCAACACCCGGAAGAGCUACACAGGCGUAUAUCGGAGUUGACAGUGGAACGUUGUCGCGUGCGUCUCUCUAGUCUGCUGCAAGAGGGCACAUUUGGACGCGUCUAUCGAGGAACAUAUAAUGACAAUCAAGAUGUGCUGGUGAAAACGGUGGCGCAGCAUGCCAGCCAAAUGCAAGUGUCUUUACUGCUGCAAGAAGGCAUGUCUCUGUAUGGAGCUUCUCAUCAGGGCAUUCUUUCGGUUUUGGGCGUCUCCAUUGAAGAUCAUACGACGCCUUUUGUUCUAUACUCUGCGCCGAACACUACUCGUAAUCUGAAACUUUUCCUCCUUGAUCCAUCUUGCGCAAGAACCAUAACUACCGUACAAAUAGUAAUGAUGUCCACACAGUUGGCCCAAGCUCUGGUUCACUUACAUAGUCAUGGCGUUGUACAUAAGGAUAUAGCAACGCGAAACUGUGUUAUUGAUGAUCAAUUGCGUGUGAAACUGUCGGACAGUUCUCUGUCCCGCGAUCUCUUUGCUUGCGACUACAAUUGUUUAGGUGACAGUGAAAACCGUCCAGUGAAAUGGCUUUCUUUGGAAGCUUUACAGCACAAACAGUUUUCGGAAGCGAGCGAUUCGUGGGCGUUCGGCGUACUUAUGUGGGAAUUAUGCACUUAUGCCAAGCAACCAUACUCGGAGGUGGAUCCCUUCGAGAUGGAACAUUAUCUGAAAGAUGGUUAUCGAUUAGCGCAGCCGUUCAAUUGUCCGGACGAACUCUUCACGAUAAUGGCCUACUGUUGGGCGCUUCUACCGGGCGAGCGUCCAUCAUUCGCUCAACUAAACGCCUGUCUCUCGGAGUUUUACGCCCAAGUGACACGUUACGUGUAAACCGAUGUACUUGGAACAUCCCUCGCCAAUAUUAGACUGUAUUAUUGCUUCCUUACUCAAAUACUAUAUACAUAUGGAUAGGUACAUCAUCUAACGUACAUAUAGUAUUCAUCUAUUAUUAAUAUCUUAGCACUUCUCAAAAUCUAUAAACAGGCAAUCAUAAUAAAGGAAUAAACACAUAUUAACAUUUUUAAGUGUGUCAGAUUAGAAUCGUUUUUAGUUAGAAUAACUACUUCAAAUUGCCAAAUUAUAUAUAUCAUUAAAAAUUCAUAAGUUUUAGGAUUAUAUGGCGCAAAGUUUAGAUAUUGAGACCAUAAACAUAUUUUAAAGUUAGUCAUAAUUUUUAUUAACAAAUUUUGUAUAUAAGAGAUUAUAAAAGUGUUUCAAUUUUCAAUUGUUUAUAAGUAUUUAGAAUAAUUAAAUGUAUACUUAUGCAUACAUACGUGUACAAAAACUUGUAUAUAAGUUCAAACAUGCGUACGUAUAUAAAUAUAUAUCUUAUUAGAAACGUUUAGUUAGUUUACCGUUACAUACAUAUAUCUGAAAUGAAUGUUCAUUUGUACAUCAAAGACUCAUGUUAUACAAUCUUCCUUAACUCGAUCGUGUAUACUGAUAAACAGUUGUAAACUUGUCGUUAUAAUUAUUCUUAUGAGUUUUACUACAAAAAAAUUAUAAAUUAAGCAAAUAAAGCCGUAAAUCAAUUUUUUAGUUGUGUAAGCACUAAUACAUAUGUAUACAUUCACAUAAUAGUAUACCCGUAUAGCCGUUGAAAUAAAGUUAAACUUACAUUUUAAGUAAAUUGAAAAUUUGUUACCCGCUUAACAAAUUAUCCAGUAUACGUACAUACAUAUGUAAAUAGGAUAAAUGAAAAAAAAAUACAUUUUUACAAUGGUUAAAUCAAAGUUUUUUGCGAGUUGUUUGUGUCAUUUAAUACAACAAAUAAAUUAAAAUUGUAAACUGUA